CAUUUAAUUUAGUAUGCUAAUUUCUUUUUUAUUUCAAAUUAUAGAUGGUCAGGUAUUGACUAAUACCAAUACUCAUUUGUGCUUUAUAGUUAUCUGUUUACAAUAAUGUUUUAUCACUGAUUUCAUCAUUGCUUAGUUAAUCUUAAGUUAAUUUUAAGCCAGCCCGUAAUGCUAUGCAUAUAAGUGGCUUUGGCAUGCUGCUCUUACCUGUAUUUUUUGUACCUCUGUAUGUAUGCUUAAAUUACUAAAUAAAAAAAAAAAUAUUUUAGCGAAGAUGGGAGCGUCAUCACUAGCAGAGGUGGCAGCCACUUUACCAAGUGCUCUCACUACAGAUGUCACCAUUAUGCCAGCAAAAAAAGAAUUAGAAGAAGGGCAGUGGAGGCUGCCUUCCACAACUUCUGUGUCUUAUUCAACACUCCUUCAUCACCGCAUGAGUAUGUGGCUCCAUAAGCCUAAAUGGAGUGAGACGAAAAUAUCUUCACGAGGUCUUCAGGACAUGCGAGCGGGGAUGAAGAGUUUCUGUAUGAAGUUCUGCAGUUACUUCAUCUCCAGGCACUCCCGAAGGGCUUCUCGUGACAAGAACUUAAUUACCGAUCCCACUCUUGGAGGGCGGGGGUGUUACGAUGUAUCGUAAUAUUUCUUUGCUUUUAUCAUACAGAUAAUACUAUCUCACUAGCUGCUUCGGUAAUAGCUAAACCAAAGCCACUGGAUCGUCAUAGUAUUAUCAGUCAUCCUUCAUCAUUUGUGUAUAUAUGUACGGUUAAGUAUAACAAGCUCGACUUUGUCCAAGAGUUGGGUUGGUUAUGACGUCAUGAUUUGGCGCCUACUGUUUACCUGCCAUUCACGAGGCUUGUUCCCGGCAGUCUCUCUCAGGCAAGCUCUGAGAACAAUCCUGCUUAGCUUUGGCUCUUCCUCGUCUACCCUGUGAAUGGGGAAACAGACCAACUCAUCUAUUCGAGGAUUAUUUUACAAUGUUUGCAUACAUCUCCCUAAUGCAAGGACGGACUUGGGAAAUUGGUGUUUUCUCGGUUAUUGGAAAAGUGGUACCUCUAUCUGAGCUGUAAGGAAGUAUAUAUAGUAAUUUAAAUAUAUGUACAAAGAUUAUCAACUUGGUAUAUUUAAGCAUUGAAAUUGCUUAGUAUUUAAUGGGCCCAAAUCAUAAGAAUUUGAAUAUACCUUUUAUUGUAUAUUCUGAAUGAAGAUAAAUAUGUUCAUUAAAGUUAACUUAGUAUAGACGGCUUUGUCUUGAUUUACCCCUUUUGAUUAAUAUAAACGAAACAUCAAGGAAUUUGUUUCAAUAACUGUAUUACGAUAA